CAGCCCCACCUAGUGAUGUUAAGGGACAGGCCAGAUGACUACAGAGCGGGAAGGUGAGAGAGCACUGCUGUUGACUAUUGCAUGACAGCUCUUACCACAGAGACUCUUCCGGUGAACAAAUUGAUGUGGGUGAGAAGUGUUUGGACAGGAACAAGAAGUGGUGAGCAGAGCAGAGGGAAAGACCUGGUUAAGAUGAGCCUGAACUUUGUUUCUUCCUUUCCCGUUUUUACUCACUUAUUCUUCUCACUUAGCCAAGCUCUGUUUCUUUAAAUUAACUUAUCGUGCAACACUGACAUGUGUUUAGACUCAGUUUGGAGGAACUGACAUUACCCUGACUUCUGUCUGACGGCGACCUGUUGGACCGUACAGAAGAGAUAUGACACAGAAAGGUACUAUGACAAGCAAUGGCACCGCUAAGAAGGGAGAAGAGCUCAAAAUUGUUAUUGUGGGUGAUGGGGGUUGUGGGAAAACAUCCCUUCUAAUGGUCUAUGCUAAAGGAGACUUUCCAGAGAAGUAUGCCCCGUCUGUGUUUGAGAAAUAUGUCACCACAGUCAAGUAUGGAGGGAAAGAGAUUAGACUCAACCUCUAUGACACAGCUGGCCAAGAUGACUACGAUCGUUUGAGGCCACUCUCCUAUCAGAAUGCCAACCUGGUGUUAGUCUGUUAUGACGUAACCAACCCCACCAGUUUUGAAAAUGUCUUAAUCAAAUGGUACCCGGAAGUGAACCACUUCUGUCGCGAUGUUCCUGUCAUUCUGAUUGGCUGUAAGACUGACCUGAGAAAGGAUAAGGAAUGUACCAGAAGGCUCAAAGCCAUGGACCAGGCUCCCAUUACUUACACACAGGGUGAGGAGACCAGGCGGCACAUGAGUGCUGAGCUUUAUCUGGAGUGUUCAGCCAAAUAUCGUGAAAACGUGGAGGACAUUUUCAGAGAGGCCACUAAAAAAGCCCUGGCAUCCUGCCGCAGAGCAAAACACCGUACAAGGAAGAGGCAUUGUGUCGUCCUGUGACCUCUUAGUGAAAGGACAGAGGCUUGAAGUCAAUUGACACAACAGGACACCCUGUCCCCUGGUCUUACAUGUCAAAUCUACACCAUCUGCUGCUUGUCUAUUAUAAACAACUGCUUGCCACAUCCUGGGUCAACUUAAUUCAAUUUCAUCAAGAGCCUGUCUGGAGACACCAUCCCCAGCCAACUCAUGCCCUUGGAAUCUGGACAAUGAUAUUCAACACUGAACUAAUGUCUGCUAGGGUCGAGAUGGUAAUCCUGCUAGUUCUGUGGGCGCAAGGUCUAUCCUGGGAUUCCAGAGUGGUUUUGUCUCCACGUUAGGCCAAAGUAUAAGUGGGAAUAUGAUAAAGUAGAUUGAGAUUGUGUACCAUAGAAUUGAGUCAAAUAUCCUUUUUUUAUCAGUGACUGAAUUGCUAUUUUUACUUUUAUAAAUAAUUUGUUGUACCCAUU